GUACCUUUGAAAACUUAUUUAAAAUAAACACGAAACUGACAAAAAAAAAAAAACUCGUCCGAUACAAGUUCUCGGCAUAUGUCAAAUUCACCUCCGACACAACACACAUAACUAGCCAAACGAACAGUCUAGUAAGUAUUGGUUAGGUAUGUACAUGAAAGCAGUUAUAUUUUGUUGACAGAAGUUUUAAAUUACUCGAAGUACCUAGAUUACUUCUCAACGAUAAAGAAGAAUUAUAGCACAAGUCACCCUUCACUCCAAGUCUGAACUGAGGAAAAGAAUCAUCCCAAACCGCACGACCCCAGCCAUGUCACCUUGAGAGUGCACCUCUGUCCCCUGCGUACGGUGCCGACGAACCGAUGUGGUAACGAGAGGUAUAAAAGGAGCGCGGAGACCGGGACCAGUAUCAGUUCACCACUGCCUACUUCCAAGACGCCAACAUGAAGCUCUUCAUUUUCGCCGUCGUCCUGGCCGUGGCCGCCGCCGCCCCGUCGGAGCUCUCCUACGAAGAGGACAUCGUCGAGAUUCUCCGACAGAACAUCGACCACAACGACGACCACUCCUAUCAACAUUCUUUCGAGAGCGAGAACGGCAUCUCUGUGUCGGAGUCUGGCCAGCCGGAGGAUGACGACAGCUACAGCGUGUCGGGCCAGUUCAGCUACACGGCCCCCGACGGCGUCACCUACACGGUGGUGUACUCGGCCGGCGAGCAGGGCUUCCAGGCGCAGGGCGACCACCUGCCCACCCCGGUGCCCACCCAGUACCCCACGCCGGAGGUGGCCGACGACGAGGAAGAGGAGGGAGAGCAGGAGGAGGAGGAGGAGGGAGAGGAGGAGAGUGCUGCUGCUGGGGAGCCCGUCUACGAGAGGGUCAUCGUAGGCUACAGGCCACGGUACAACUAAACUAUUCAUUGUCCUUUGCAAGGCUUCUGCGAGUCAGUUUUAUUUGAACGCCGAAUUUUUAUGCGUUCGAUGGUCAUGUUCAUGUGUAUUGUGUAAAAUGUACUGAUUGUUAAGCAAUAAUACAGUUUGUCACGUAA